AUGGCCUUAUCAGUUUUGCAUGGUGGCUGUGGCUUUCCAUUCCUGGGGAAGUCAACUUAUGAUUAUUUGUGUGGUGUUCCUCUUUCAUCUAUAAAUGUUAGUAAGGACGAAGUUCCUAAUGUAGAAGCUAGAGUUUUGUUGGAUAAGAUUGAUACUGCAGGAGACAGCAAUGCAUUGAGGGCUAUCUGCAUGGAGCAUGUUGAUUUAAUAAUUGAUGCAGGUUUUAAUAAACCAAUCAACAGUCUUGAGCUCAGCAAUAAAGAGGAGUUGACUAAAACUAUUAAGAUACAUUAUACCCUCUUGAGGUCCAAAGCUGAGUUAGAUCAACUGACUCGUGGGCUAUCUAUAUUGGAACAAUUGCGGCAAUUAUUUGAGGAUGUUUACUAUUCUCUAGCUGGUAGCUCUGAACGGCAGAAGGAGGAGGCUAUGUACAUGCUAUUCAUUGAUUUCCUAAACAGCUGUGAGACUAACUGUGAAAGUAAUAUUGGUUUGGAGAAAAUACUUUCAUUUUUUACCGGCACUGAAACAAUACCUGCCUUGGGAUUUGAAUGCACUGCAAGUUUGCGAUUCAGUGAUAGUCUAAUGCAUCCCACAGCAUCUAUGUGUGCCCUACAAUUGACACUCCCAACACAAUAUCACGAUGACGAGUCAGCAUUAAAAAAAAAAUAUGAUAUAUGGCAUACUGAAUCAUGGUGGAUUUGGACUUAG